GGUGACCACAGUUUGAAAGAGGAACCAUCGGAACCAAACGGGAGAAUAGAACGUGCGCGCCUGAUCCCGUAUGUGUGGGUUUUGGCCAGUAGACGCCACACGGAACACAUUCCGCCGCGUGCGAUAAUGCGCAGCGGUGCAGUGCAGACCGGUAGGCGGCUGCAACAUUGCAACGGAUAGUACCAGAGUACACAGCACGAGACACACAUACACCCAAUCAAUCUAUGACAGUCGGGUUUAUGCACUGAAUGCUGAAAGCGAUCCAACCUUCCAGGAGGCGGCCCUAUCUAGUGCGCGCGCGCCCGCGAUACUCUUCUAGUGUACAGCGAUAGGCAGUACGGGGAACCAACGUGAUUUUUGUUUCCACCAGAGUAGUAAGAGUAACUGUUUAUGAACUGUCCCCCCUACUUGAGUGCAACAAAGACUUGACUCACACGGGGUGCGAGCAACGAGAAAAGGGGAAGAAGUUUCGAACGAUGCGCCAUCAUAGCACGAGGUGCACAAAGCUGUACCAUCGCAAUCGGCCAUAACCGUGUGAGACGCAGGUUGUAUGUUUUUGGAGUGUGCCGUCAUAACACGCUUACCAAUUGAGAACACCUCCGGCGAGCGAGGCUAGCCACGUUUUGUAGGAAUAUAGACAAACUUGAUCCGUUUGUCCACGAGUUCGACACGUGUUCGGUGUCGCUGAGAUCUUUCGGGUAAAAAAAGUCUUCAUUUGCUCCCUGGCAAGCGGGUUCCUCAUCCGCGUUUUCGUAGAAGUGAAGUGUACUGAACACUUCGACCCGAAGCAACGGCAGCAACAGUGGCGGACGAGCGGCCGAGAGACGUUAAAUGAAUGCGGUGGUGGUGGUGGUGGUGCGGCAAUUUGCGGAGGAGUGGAGGUAGGCGCGCGUUGAGGGCGACGCACGUGGGUGAGGGCGCACGCCGUCCGUAGACACAAUUGGUUUGUCCGUAGUGACCCGUGGCCAGCACCCUCACGGACGACGUGUGGGGUACACGGCCUCACCAUGAUGUACGUGUUUCACGUGGAUCAGGGUCGCAUGCUGACCUUCGAAAUGAACUGGAUGUUCGAGGACAUCCGGAAAUUGAAGGAGGUGAUCGAGCGGAACCAUGCGAUCCCGGCGAACAGUAUUGUGCUGCUCGUUAGUGGCGGUGAGCUGCUGGAGGACGAUACGCGGGUGUGCAAGUACGCGACCGGCACCGACACGAACCCGAUCUAUAUGUUCAGCACCAAGCUCGGUGACUCGCCGCUACCAUCGCCUGGUCCGAGCAAGGAGACCGAAGUCGACUUGGAGGGCCUGGUGAAGAAGAGUCUGGAGCUGCCAGUAUGCUACCCGACCGUUGUCUCGCGUGCCCAGUUGGCGCAGAAAAUCUGCGAAAUGGGCCGGGAAGAGCUGCGCCGCUGCGAGGCGCUCGUGCACGAACAGCACCUCCAGCAGCAGGGUUGGGCGGCCGUGGUCGCUAACAUGGAGGACACGGUGAAGGAGUUUCAGGAGCGGUGCGAAGACUUUAGUCGGUUCUAUGAGGAGCAGAUACGUCUGCACGAGGAGCAGAUGGAUAUUUUGAACAACUUUGACAAAAAUCUGCAGCAACUAGCGGACAUUCCGAUUCUCUCGACCUUGAUGGAAAAUACCGAACUGCGCCCGUACGGUAUGUUUGACGAGCCGUUCAAUCAGAAUGGCAAUAGCAGCGGACACUCGACGCAACGAGCUACAACUAGUGGUAGUAGUGAACGACCCGCGAUGAAGGUGAUUGAAGAGGGGUCCGGUGAUGCAGCUGAAACACGACCUGAGGAACGCGAUUCUUCCGCGUCGUCUUCUGGCGGCAAACCGAUUCAGCAGCAGCAGCCGUCGGCAGCAGCAGGAGACGGGCAGACAGCAGAAGGCCCUAGCAAUACUACCGACCCCUCCGAUGUGGCGCUGACUGAGGUAGAACGGGCGAAGGGGAUUUCGCUGCUCGAUUGGAUCUCUGCCGCCGAGGGUCAGCUUACGCUUAAGCGUAUGGCCGAAGAGUGCCGAAUUGGCAUGGAAAAGUUUAGCCGCCAGCAACUGACGGCUUUAAAAGAACGUAUUCAAAAGGCGGUUAAAACGUCGCAGAGUGAUGAUAUUAGGAUUGUCAAGGGUUUGGAGGAGCGCUUGUGCGGGUUGGAUCAGCUGCUGGCGGAAGCAAAAAAGUACGUGCAAGAACAGACCGAGCUUGCGCAGAGCAUCCAGAUGAACCAGACGCGCGCCAAUACGCUGGGCGAUACGUCGAUACUUCCCGAUCUAUGCUCGAUGCACCGGAAUCACCUGAAGCUGAUGAAGGAUAACCAUACGAAAAUGCUUGACUUCCGGCGCCGCUGUCAGGCGGCAAAGAUCGAGCUGGGCAAACAUCUGACCAGACGAUUGGACUACAUCAUGGGACUGGAAACAAUGGUGUGCGAUCUGGACAGUCAUCUGCUGUUCUGCUAUACCUCCCUGAAGCGCCUCCAGAAGCAUCUGAGCAUCAUCGAGCAGAUCCACAUGGCACCAUGCAUGUAUGUGAGUGCCGUCACCGAGGUGGUGCGGCGUCGCUUGUUUUCCAGUUCUUUUCUAAGGUGGGCUUCCGAUCUGGCGUGCCGCCUGAUGACCAUACACAACGAGGAGGUAAUGCGGCGGCAGGAGUUUACCUCGCAGUUCGAAGGACACUUCCUGAGUACGCUGUUCCCCGGCAUGAAUGACAUGCCGCCGUCCUACGCCAUCCAGGCACCAUCGGUGUUCGAUUCUAGUCUACCAGCGUUGGACAAGCAAGAUCUUCGAGAGCUGUCCCGCUUCCUGCCCGAACUGACGGAGAAGAUUCCGCUACCGAACAUAGCUUCUGUGAUAGAUUUCUUUCAAACACGAUCGGUAGAGCAAAAGCAGCAAACGAGCAGUUGUAAUACCGGCAAGGAAGAGGGUUCCGCGUCAGCGCCGGGGCAGCAGUGUGCGAAAGACAGUGAUAAAGUUGGAGCAGAAUCAGAAACCGAUACGGAGGAGUUUGAGAACGUUCAAAAUCAAACUCAGGGACGUUCGUCGGACGAUGGGGCGGCUGGACCGGCCGCGGCAGUACUCAUGUGCAGUGUAGCGACCUCCACCGAACCGGUGGAGACGGUAUCCGCGGAAACGCUUACAGAGGACAAUCUCGGCACGACGCGACUGGAGGUGGAACGGCUCAAGGGGCUGCUGAGCAGUGUGCAUCAGCUAUCGCAGGACUCGAUCGCGAUGCUGCGUGAUCAGCUGUCGAGGGUGCGCGCCGAAUCGGAAGCGAACCGUACGCAGUUUCAGUCGGACCUGUGCGCGAUGAACCGCGCGUGGAACGACAUCCAAGAAGUGGCACGCAACCGGGAGCGGGAAACGAUCCAGCGACUAACGGUCGACCACGAGCUGGAGAUGAACGAUCUGCGUAAGAGCAUCCACCAAAAGGACGACGAGAUACAGUCGCUGCGGGCGGACAACAGCACGAUGAAGGCGAGCCAGAUCGAGACGGUCUCAAGCUACGAGCAAGAGAAGCGCGAGCUGGCCGACCAGAUCGAGCAAAUGAAGGCGGUCAUCGGGCGACUCGAGCGUCAGCUGGCCGAGUCGGAGGUAGAUCGGAAGCGAGCGAUCCAGGAAGCGGUCGAGCAGCUGGAGCAUAAGCACCGGACGGAGAUCGAGACACUGCGCUGUCGGUUUAAGCUGAUGGCAACGAGCAUGGAUCGGUCCCCGUCGGAUACGAGCCUGGAAAAGAUCGAGCGCCCGGACAUGAUCGAUACCGGUACGCACGAGCAGGUGUUGGCACAGCUUCGGGAGGAAUUCGCACGCGAAAAAGAGCGCGCUAUUCGGGCGGCUGUCGAAGAGGAGCGCCAACGUUGGGAGGCUAACGCGACCCCCGGUGGUGGUGGGAACCGUCUUCAUCGGUCCUUUGCGUCGGCCGGCUCGCCCGGUGGUAGCCAGGAUGUGUACAAGCGUAUCCUGGAGGAGAAAGACCGCCAGCUGGAGGAGGCUCGCGAAAAGGAAGCCCUAUUGGCACGGGAAAACCAGCGCAUGAAGGAAACGAUCCAAUCGCUCACCGAUCCCGAGCUAAGCCUGAAUGAUCUGAACUAUCGCGACCAGCUCGAGACACUUGAAGGCGAUCGACAGCAACUAGCGGAACAACUGGCGACGCAGCAAAGCCAUGUAGAACGGCUGCAGGGAGAGAAAAAAUCGCUCGCACGCGAACUCACCAAGCAGCGGAGAGAUUCAGCGCAGUUGCUGACUUGCUCCGAGGGAGAUACGGUUACGUUCGUGUGGAAUUCAACCUACGCCCAGUAUACCAUCGUGCAGGCGUCAGAAUUUCACUUCUUCUUGCACGAGGGCUGCUACGCGGAGCUAGGCCUGCAGCCUUUGGUGAUGGGCGAGGUACCGACGGUACUGUGCGGGCUCGGUACCGUCGUACACAAGGAGUUCUGUCAUGCGCGAAAGAACGACAACCGGUACCGGGUUUCCCGCGGUACCCACUUCUAUCGCGUUAAGCUGAAGCCGAUCAAUCUCCACAAGAAGAGUAAAGGUGGAUCGGGCUCGACAUCGGGGAAAACUAUCCCCACAAUCGUGGAGAAUCCCUCCAUCCCGCAACCCUCGCCGACCGUCGUGACGAUCGAGAUGCAGCAGUCCCGUGGUGGUGGUGGUGCCACUACGACGGUGGGAUCUACCGGGACCAACACCAUCAGUCGGUUCCUCGACUCUUUCGCACAAACGGAACAACCGGCAACGCUCGUCGCACCAUCCCGGGCCACGAUGAUCGGUUCACCGAUCGACGAGGGCAGCAAAUCGCCGACGGGUUCCACCGCCAGUCGGGACAUGAUCGACUCGGGCGUGGUCGAGCAGCAGCGCAGCAGCUACCGGGAGCGUAACAUUAGCAUCACGGACGAGGAGGACAUUGCCGUGCCGCCCGUCGGGAUCGGGUCCGAUGGGUCGAUCGAUCGCAUCCGCUAUCAGAGUGUGUGCGAGGAGGAAGAUGAUCCGGCAAUGGAUGAUACGGACGGUGGGGGUGGUGGUCUCACCGAAGACGGUGGCGACGGCGGCGGUAGCAGUGCAACGUUGAUGCUGCUUAAAGCUUUUCUCCUUCUCAACGGCGACGAGGAAUGAGGAUGAUGAUGAUGAUGAUGAUGCAUGAUGAAGAUCGGUACGCUUGUUGUUGUGACGAUAACGAGAAAAACUAUCGGUGAUGUAAUUUUGGUGAUAGCAAGUGCAAGUGAAGGGAGGGUUGGGUUGUGUAAUGAAAUGAAAACAAGGGUGGAAAACUGAAAGCACACAUGCACAACACGAGGUAGAAGGAAAACACAAUUAAAACAAAUAGAAGAAAGCAGUGAGAAAUUAAGGGGGGACACGUUUUGCGAAAAACGAGUAAACCCAUAGGAAAAGUAUGUCCAUUUUUUAAAAAGAAGGUUGCAACACACGGUGCAUCUCGGUGUAGCGCAGGGCGAAGAACUGAACAUUCUACUCUGUUCUCAUUGAUUUCUCAGGUUUGAUGAUAAUGAUGAUGAUGAUGAUGGCAGGACGGCAGCACAACAACAGUGCCGCGGUACUGGUCGAAAAAGAAGCAAACAAAUCAAAAGAAUGACGAAACUCGAUGAGAUGAUGAAGGCGCUUGGAACGUGGGUGAUAGACGCGUGGGCAGCUUUGUACAGUGUGUAACGAUGUAAGGAGUAAGAUUUUUUUUAAAGGGAGCGUAGGCAUAACGUUAUCGAAGCGAUAAGGACACUACGUUCUCCAGCGGAGACAAACACAACCGACUCAGCACAGAGGAAGGAGGACACACAUGAAAGGAAAGCAAAAAGUACGUUAGUGUAAAAGGCGUUGAAACAGUGCUUAACAUUUGGAAAGGAAAAUCCUGACGUAGAAGAAGAAGAAAAAAUAAACCGAGCAUAGUUUAAAUAAAAAAUGAAAUUAUUCUAAAAAGUAAACCU